AUGAAUAGAUUCACUCUGCUUAUUUUCUGUUCUUCUCUUUUCAUUCUCAAUGGAAAUGCAUCAAUUGCUAGAAAGAUGGUUAAAGAUGGCGAACAGAUCCCAGUUAAAUUUGGGAAUGUUUCUGCGAUCAAGAGAAACGUAACCGCUGGUGAACAAAUUUUCCAUUUUGAUGGAACUCAUAAGGGAAAAUUUGUGGAUUCGAAAGGCAAAGAAAUCGACUCAUCGAAUUAUUCAAUCGAAAACGGAACAUUGAUCAUCAAGAAGUUUUCGAAAGCGGAUGAAGGAUCGUACGUCUCUGAGCCGAACCUAGUCUUCAAGAAAGAUUCGGAUGGGGGAAUGUCUGCUGUUCCCGGCCCAAGAAUCAUUAUUGAAAUCAAACAGUAA